AUGACCUCCGCCGACAGCAAGACCAACGCCUCGGGCCUCACGCCCACCGAGAGCAAGCAGCUGCGCGAGCGCCAGCCCAACGACGACGAGAAGAGCGUGCUGCAGGGCAUUCGCGACCUCUACACCGUCUCGCCCACGUCGCAGUCGUACUCGAUGUACGCGCAGGCCGCCGUCUUCCACGACCCCGUCAGCAUUGCCGAGGGCGUCGAGUCGAUCAAGGCGCAGUUCAACGGCCUCGUCAAGGUCUUCCCGCGUGCCACGCUCGACAAGUUCCGCGUGCUCGAGAACCCGGCGACGCUGCCCAAGAGCACCAUCCUCGUCGACCAGGACGUGUCGUACUACCGCAAGACGGACGACAAGGAGCCCUUCAAGACGCUCAACAGCCUCCUCGCGCUCGAGCGCGACGCGCAGGGCAAGGUCACCAAGCACUCUGAGGAGUGGGAGCACAAGCCCACCAGCGCCUCGGACGACGGCUUCUUCGGCAUGCUCAACGAGGCGCGCAAGAAGGCUACCGCCGGCAUCGUCAACGCCGCCGUCGACAGCACGCCGCCCUCGGAGCGCAAGUGA